AUGGCGAAGCCUCUAGGAUUGGACCUAGCCUCCAAGAAGCAGCGGACCAGGAGCGACUAUGUCUACCACGAAGACUACCGAUCACGGUGGAAUGAUAACGACAUGUUCCACCACUUGAACAACCCCAUCUACGGCGUCCUCAUCGACUCCAUCAUCAAUUCCUACCUCAUACAAAAGACCGGCUACAGCACUUCCGGGUCGGAAUACAUCGGAUUGGUAGGAUCCAGCUACUGCGACUACUUCGGAUCAGCCCACUAUCCGGGCAUGCUCGAGGUUGGCCUUCGAGUAGUCAAAUUGGGGAAGAGUAGUGUCAUGUACGUCCCACCGGAUCCAGUCGCUUGUUCAAUCACGUGUUAAUCCCGUAACAGGUACGAAGUAGGUGUGUUCCAGGCCGGCGAGGAACAGAUCAAGGCCGUGGGCGGCUUCAUUCAGAUCUGGGUUCUGCGGAAGACGAAUAAACCGACGGAGGUGGGGAUUCCCUCACAUGUGCGUCGCGAAUUGGAGCCUCUCCUCAAGGGCAGCGAGCAGGAUCCUGCGGUCAAGUCCAGACUUUGA